AUGAUUAUUAGCUCAGGGAAUAUUAGGGGAUUAAGGGGUGAUGGGAAGUUAAGGAUGGUGAAAGAACUUAAGAGGAAGCAUAGGUUGGAUAUGUUAGGGUUGGUUGAGACUAAACGACAGUUAAUAACAAGGUUUGAUGUUGUGAAAAUAUGGGGGAACGGUUGUGUGGGGUGGGAAUAUGUGGAGUCUGUUGGGGUCCUGUCAGAGAAUACUAUUAACUGUACAUUUUUCUUGGUUUAUGGUGCUCACACUAGAGAUGAGAAACUUGUUGUGUGGGAGGAGCUGAGUUACAUGGCUAGUUUAUGCCCAGGCGCCUGUUAUUUUUUUGGAGACUUUAAUGAGAUUGGACAGGUGGAAGAAAGGCGAGGAUUAGAAAACUUACCUUUGUCGGCACACGAUUACAAGAAUUGGAUACAUGACAUGGGUUUGGUAGACCUACCGAUCUCUGACGUAAGUUUACAUGGUUCAGGGGACAGUCAUGCAGCCGUAUUGACAGAGUUUUUGGUUAGCUUGGAAUGGCUUGAGGCAUUUCCGGAGACUCGCUUGAGAGGUGGUCCUCGGGGUUUGUCAGAUCAUUGGCCUAUCAUAGUGGAAGAGAAGAGGCUAAGAGACGGUCCGAGGUCAUUCAGAAGUCUGGAUUCGUGGUUUACUCACGAAGGAUUUUUAAGGAUGGUCAAGGAGGAAUGGAGAGGGAUAGGAGAGAUACCAUUCACCGAUAAACUAAGGGCGUUGACGGCUCAUUUGGGGAGAUGGCAUAGAGAAAAUUUUGGUGAUAUGGACAAGAAAAUUUUGAGGUUUGAGGAAGAGAUUCAGAAGAUUGAUGACAUGGUCGGCAAUGGGAGCUAUAAUGGGACAGUGGAAGUAAGACGGAAGGCGCUAGUUACUUGUUGUGAGAAAUGGUAUGUAAGGAAAGAACUACAUUGGAAGCAAAUGUUAAAGUCGAGGCAUGCGAGGGACAUGGAUAAAAAUAUGAGGGAGUUUUAUAAAGACUUAUAUAAGCAAGAGAGGUCUCCUGAGGUGGGAUUCAGAGAUGGUCUGGUGGAAAGGAUAAGCCAGGAAGAUUGUAUUGCUUUAGAGAUGUUACCGUCACCUGAGGAGGUUAAAGAGGCAGUGUGGGAUUGUGAAUCGUCUAAGGCUCCAGGAUGUGAUGGUUACAACAUGAAUUUCAUAAAGAAGUGUUGGUCUGAUAUAGGUUCAGAUUUCACGGCAGCGGUUCUGGCCUUUUUCCAAUCUUCAAGGUUGCCGCCUGAUGCUAAUGUCACGUGGGUGGCAUUGGCCCCCAAGUUUACUGGGGCUAAGGAAAUCAAAGAUCUGCGUCCAAUUAGUAUGGUGGGGUGUGUAUACAAGGUAAUUUCGAAGAUGCUGGUUCGGAGAAUGAGGGGUGUUAUGCCAGGUUUAGUAGGUGAGACACAGAGUGCUUUUGUUAAGGGUCGGAAGAUUCAUGACGGGGCUCUAAUCGCAUGUGAAACGGUUCAGUGGAUCAAAUAG